AUGAACCAGAUGAAUGCACACAAACGCCCUACAUUUCUAGUCGCUCAUCGCUAUCGCUGUCAUGGUCUUCUUGAUCGCGAAACGUUUCUGGGCUUCAAGAAGACCUACGAGGAGGUGAUGGAGACCAUUGCGACGAAAAAGCUGGAUGUUGAUCAAGACGAACUGUGGAGGUGCGUAUAUUAAGGAGUGGCCGGCUUUGUUCUUUAACCUUACAUGUAAUGCCAGUUAAAUGAAUUGUACUCUAUGAUAUGUUAUGAUAUGGUUGCAUUUUUAUGUUUCUAUAGGUAUGUCCGUAGCCUUUUUGACUUUGAUGACUUUGCUGACUGUGUACCGAUAAACGCUGCAAACCUGUCCAUAGUCUUCCAUCCUGUUCAGGAGUGCAUGAAUGCAAUGGCUAGUCAAUGGAACCGCGAUAUUUCCAUUCAAAAGAGACACGCGCCUUUCGUCUACACCAUCGAGGCAGCAAGAGCGUUGAUCGCUUCCCAACUGAAUGCUGCGCCCGAAGAUAUUGCUAUUUUAAGAAACGGUUCCGAUCCAAACGCCGUCAUCAACAACGGUCUGGAUUACAAGCAUGGUGACAACAUUGUUUUGUUCGACCAAAACCAUCCCACAAAUACUGCAGAUACCGCCUUCGCCAUCCGAAAGUUGAGAUUCCCUCACAUCAAUUGUCGCACAGUGAGUCUAACUGAUCCUCCAAGCAAACAAACAAUCAUCGACGCUUUUCUUGAAAAGGUUGACAAAAACACAAGAUUAGUCAGUUUCAGCGAGGUAAGCGCAAAUUUCCGUUAU